AUGCAAUCUAAUGAUAAAGAGCUUGAAUCACCACAAGUUCUCACUCAAGAUGGGUCAGAAACUAUUAACCUUGGUGAAGAAAUUGGCUCUGUUCCUAUUACGAAUACACCAAAAACAAGAUUCCAACCAAAGGAGGAUGAAGUUCUUAUUCAAUUUUGGCUCAAUAUUUCAAAGGAUUCAAUUGUUGGAGUUGAUCAAAAAGGAGAUUAUUUUUGGAAGAGGAUUUGUGAAGCUUACAACAAGCACCGCGACAAGAAUUAUCAAGAGAGGAAUUUGUUGGCAUUAAAAGGUCGUUGGCACAAAAAGAUUAAUCCAUCUGUUCAAAAAUUGUUUUGGUGCUACAAACAAGCUUUGGCUGCAAAGAAAAGUGGGAGCUAUGAGAUUAACAUCAUUUCAACAGCACAUAAUAUCUAUUACCAAGAUGAACAUGAAAAAUUCACAUUAGAGGAGGCAUGGAGAUUACUGAAGGAUGAACCCAAAUGGCUCGCAGGUUCAUCGGAACCUUCUGCAAAAAGAACAAAGAAUUCAAUUUCAGGGGCAUAUUCAUCUUCUUCUAAUCCACCUACACCAACAAGCAGUGAGUAUAAUUCACCAUCACCUACUUUUUUACGUCGUCCAAUUGGCCAAAAAGCGGCCAAAAGGAAGGAGAAAGAAAAGUUUGUAGAAAGUUCUAACCCCAAAGUUGAAUUUAACACAUUGAAAAUUGGUUUCGAUAAAAAAUUGGAAUUAAUGUCAGGGUUUGCACGGGAUUAUGCACGUAUAGAGAGUGAAAAGGUUGAGAUAGAGAAAAAAAAGGUCGAAGGAGAAAUGCAAAGGGCCGAGAAUGAAAAGGAUAGAUUGAAGAUUAAUGAUUUGCAAAUACUCUCAAAGGAUACAUCAAAUAUGAAUCCAAGACAACUACAAGCUCAUGAAUUAUUGUGCGAAUUGAUUAGCAAAAAAUAUGGACUUAAUUGA